UUCGCGCGAGACCCCCGUGCCGCGCCGCGGCCGCCAUUUUGCUGCCCCCGCACGCCUGACAUGUCUUUCUAAUGUUAUUAUCGACGGACGUCUAAGUCUUUCCGCGACGUUCUACCGCGUCGUGUGCGACUGCCCGUGGUGAGCCGAGGUCCACGAGGACGAGCGAGCGAGCGCGCGCCGUGGCCGCGUCGACGGCGUGGACACGUGCCGCCGUUACCGAGAACGAUCGCCAGUGUCGUCCCAACCUCGAGGAGCCGUUCGCGCCGAGCACGACGAACGGCGAGCCCGCUGGCUCGGCGAGGAGCCAGGGCCCGCGAUCGCGUGCGAUCCUAUCGCGCCGGACACGAGUAUGCCGCGAGGCUCGCACCGGGAGCACUUCCGGCUGCCGCCUCGCUGAGAUCGGGCCGCCUUGGCGUGACGUGACGUGAGCGAACCUAACCUAAAAGACCCAAGAGGACCCCUCGUCCGUCCGUCCCGAGCGACGAGCGUUCGUGCCAGCGGCGGGGAGAUCAGCCCCCCCGGUGAUAUGGCCGCGGGAUCAUCGGGGCGCGCGACCUCGACAGCGCUGCGCACUGUCCGACACGCGGUGACGGCGGCGACGACGGUGUUUACGCAGCUGCUCGGACGCAUGUGUAGAGCACGCUCGGUGUAGACUGCUAUGCGAGGCAAGGCUCGGUUUUACAUCCUGAUCCCAGCAAUGGACUAAGUUCACGCUUGCCGCUCGAACCAGGGAGGCCGCGGACGCUCGCGGCGUUCGACGACGUCGUUCGAGUAUCGAUCCUGGUGUAUCGCGCGAUCUACUUGUUCGCUCCGUAGAGUCUCGUCUGACGCGGUGCACGCUUAGAUCUUGUCCGGGAAUUUGUCUGUGAUACGACACGAAACGUAGUUUUCUUAAUUCUCCCACGUGGUCUCAGUAUUACGGGUUUUUUUUUCGACGGUGCAGCUUGGAUCUUGACGCAUAGCGUGAACUAAGUUUGAACUAGAUAGGGAGGAGAGUUGACUUGGGGGAUUUGAGAAUGCAGGUGGAACAGAUCCGGACGGAAGCGGCAAUCAAUGAAGGUCCCAAUUACCGAGAACUCAAACAUGGACAGUAAAUUGAAGUUUUCGGACCGCUUGAAGGCUCUGCUGAAAACCGAGACGCAUCAGGAUGUCGACCCGUAUAUUUUCAGCGAGCCGGAGCCAUUCACGGCGGCGGCAGCGGCAGCAGGGAAAAACGCCACGGUGGUUCCGCUUGCGAACGUCGAAGUGAUGCAGGGUUGCAGGAACAAUAGGUCGAGGGGGAAAUGCGUGAAGCAGAGGAUAAGGAUGGCGCCCAUGCCAGGUGCGGGCUACAAGAUCGUCAACGCCACGGCCGAGACGAUCGUCGAGGACGGCACCGGGGAGAGCCUGGGUCACAAGUUUUCUAAUCUAGUUGAGCGCAAGGGGCGGCACAUCGAGAAUCUACAGAGAUUGAGGUCUAGGAGGCAGAGUCGGGACCACACGCUGCUGUACUAUCCGAGGGCCGGGGACGAGAUAUCCGACAGCGAGUCGAGCGGGGACGAGAUGACGGUGCAUCAGCGUCACUGGUUCGCCGGCAACUCCACUGCGUCGCUGAGCCGGGCGGUUCGGCUGUCUCAGCUGCGCCUGCAGCUGCAGCGGCAGCUGCUGCAGCUUCGCAUCGACGGGACCGAUGCCGAGGCCGUGCUGCGGCAGAGGGUCAGGUGUCUGCUGGACGCGGCCUCCAAGGAUCUCGUCUCCACCGUGCGAGCCCUGAGCGACUCCCCGGGCACCAGCAAGGUGCUCGACGGACCAUUGCUGGUCGGUGGGCCAUGCGGGGCUGAGGGAUGCCAGCAAACGUCCCUGCCUUGCACCCGACACUGCUCCCGCCACAUUAUGUUGAACGGAGAUCAGCUUUUAUUCGAGCAUUGCACUGCCAAGUUUAGUGACAACACACAGUGUUGUGUACCUGUGUUUGACGUCGCGCACGAAUUACCUCUUUGCCCGGAGCACGCGAGGAAGAGGGACAAUUAUCACCGUAAGAUCCAGGAAUCCAAGCCAAAGAAGGCCCGCAAGAAGCCAGCCUCGCCCCCUGUCCCAGCGAAGCCUAAGCCCAAGUCCAAGCCGAAGAAGCGCAAACGGCCGCCCUCGAAUAAGAUAGAGACUACCAAGAGUGCUGCGCUGAUGCACGAGGAGAGUCAUUACAUGAGCCAAAUAAACUGUAGUGAAAAUCACACCAAGACGCUGAACAAUCUGAAUGUCCCGCAGGGAAGUUCAAAUUCGUCCAACUUGAAUCUAGGGCUGGGACUGGGCUCGCUCGGUCUGAGCGGAGGACUCAAGGUCGAGCUCGGGGAUAACGAAGUGUUCGCCUCCUUAGACUCCGCCGAGCAUGACUUCGGCAAUGUGCUCAACAACCUGCCCCCGGAUGCUUUUAACGACUUAUUUAUCGAGGGUAGAAACGGAGAUUACGAGCCGUCGAGGGAAGAAGAGGAGGAGUUGCAACGGGCUUUGGAAGAGGUUGACAAAGACGUGCGGAACUUGGAGAGGAUGGGGCAGACGCACGGACUCUUAGAGCCAGCAUUGCUCGCUCAGCUUAUGUCGGACAUUGCCUCGUAGCCCCAUCAGUACUAACAUAAUAAUUUUUUCGGGGAAGGAAUUUGUGGCGUGUUCCUUGUAAACGUAGAGAGAAAUACUGUUUGUGUCUGUGCUGCUAAACGUAAGAUUGUGUUAUAGACUGUUAUUACGUAGCCAACGCAAGUCCGAGAUAAUGGCAGGGAUUGACAUACAGAAAGUAACAGAUGAGGGGGAAAACAAUGAAAAAAACAAUAGCAAAUUUAUGAACUUAGUAUAAAUAGCAUUGGGUACAAUACCAUCAGGUAGGUUUACGUCAGACGAGUAGCGAAUGUAAAGGGCAAAAAAAAUCGAGAAUUCCAUCCUUUUUGACAAAUAAUCACGGACAUUCUGCGUCGUUAUAUUACAUGCAAUAUAUUUGUAGCUUAUUUGCAGAUACUUUGACUUGCACUUGACAAAUUUGCUUAGAAAAAUUGUUAUAGCUGCAAUUAAUAUACGCAAUCAUUUUGAAAGGUAACGAGAUUUAUAAGUAGAUCGGGGGAGGACGGUGGGCGCAGUUCACGUAAAUGGUUCGAACUUGAUUCCAGCACGCGCGAGCUAAACAAAUGCGUAGUUUUCAUUUUUAUAUACGGCUUGUUUUUAUUGAGACAAACGGCAGGAGUUAUCCAAAUUACUUUACUAAUAGCUCCCAUAUUUAUUGAACUACACGUAAUGUCUAGAUAAUUACUGAUUACUCAAAUAAUAGGUACAAAGGUAUUUUUAUGACUGAUUUGUAAUGAUUUUAUCUGUUGUUGUUUAUGCUGCGGCAUAACCGAGAGAAACUGCAUUCUGACUUACAAAUCGGAGUUUAACUCUACAAAAAUUUAACUACAGAAUAAUUGGAGUCAACAAAACCUAAUACUUGAAGAAAAUAUUUGGUGUUCGUAUAUAACUUUGUAUAUAUAUACAUAUAUAUCAUUCUUAUAUUAGAGCAAAUUGUCGUGAAAUUAUUCGUUCGUUUGCAGAAUGUAAAAAAAAAUUGGUAUUUGCAUUAUUUUUCCAGCGGCGAAAAAAUAUACAGCACGUGAGCAAAAGAAAAUUAUGAAUCCGGGAUAUACGUCUUAUGCGGUAUCAUCCUUAAAAAAAAUUAUUAUCUGAAUUUUAUUUAAAUAAAAUACAUUUUUCCAGAAUUUAAUUUUCAUUAUGAAACCUUGUGUCUGUACAAAAAACACAGGACUGAAUUUAUACGAGAACCCACAUAUGUCUACAUAAAUAUAUGUAACAUAUAGUGUAUAUAACGUCUUUUUUUUCCAUUAUCUAAUUCCCGCAGUAACACGAUUGAAUAAUCACAUUUAUUGAAUAACGUUAUAUUAUUAAUAUGUGUAUGAUCAAUAUCGCCUAUUCUGUAUUAUAUUCAUGUAGACAAAUGUUCAGCGACGAUAGAGUAGCUAUAAUAUAUAAGUAAAGUAAAAAUUAGCAAGAAGUGCCGAGAAAAAAUUUCAUCUUUCAACAUUGUUACCGAAUGUGCAACACGCUUUGCGGCCUUACAGUGAGACGAUGCUGCGUACUAGCCGAGCAAAGGAAAACGUUAUCACGUAUUUGUUUUUUUUUUUUCAAAAGAGUGCUCCGAUUAUUUGAGGGGAGAAUGUUUUUCCUCUUUUCUUUUUCCUUCUUUUUUUUUCAAGAGAAGCAUAAAGGCACGGAUUCUGAAAGUAAAACUAGAUCGGCGCGAAUGGUUGGAAUUGCUUACUGCCACUUCUAAAGUAUCGCGCGUACACAUUGUUGUAAACCCGCGUAAUAGUAUAAAACGGAUGCAGAUAUACCGCAGGUCAUCAUAAUCUCAAUACAUAUCAUAAUAACGCGACGAGUAUGUUACAUAACUAGUUUACAGAUGAGGCAAGACACUCAAAUUGUUAUGCGCGAACGUGUGUGCGUAAUGACGGGCAGAUGUUUACAAAUCUGGCUUUUAUUAUCAAAAUCGCUGUGCCAAACGUCGAAACGUCUCCUUUCUUUUUCCCCCUUUCGGCUCACGUUGCGAUAUGACGCGUGUCACUCGUUAAGAAAUGGGUCGCGCUGGAGCAAAGCGCUCUUCAAAUAACAAACGUUUAGCUGAGUACGAACGACUGCAAAAAGCCGCAGUUUAUUACACACGUAGAUGCAAACAAAAAUGGGAUAAUUUACAGGUCGACCCACAUUGGGAAUUAAAUUAACGUCGUAUGUAUUGUUACUACGUAUAUAGCAGUAGAGAUUAGGCACGGUAAUUAUUUAUGGACAGGACAAUGGAUUUAAUCGUAACGCAUUGCUUGAAAAAUGUACCUAUAUGUGUAUCUUCUUGUAAAAUAUCAGCAUUAUUACUCUUGAUUAGGCAUCAAUAAUUAUAAUAAGCAUAUUUUUUA